AUGGGCAUCAUGUUGUCUCGUCAUCUACCGGAAACACUUUAUAUUCACCUAUGUGUCCCUCAACCGAGUACCGGUGAGAAAGAGAUAGUUGUUUACGGGAGUUCAGUGGUAUUGAACCAUCGUCACUCGUUUUCCAUCGGUCAACCCGUUAGUUCGAAUAUGUCGGAAAUACAGCAAUUCUAUGUUGGAAAAAAUAUCUUCAUUACUGGCGGAACCGGUUUUUUGGGAGUAGUAUUAAUAGAAAAACUGCUCCGGAGCUGCCGUGACAUUGGAAUCAUCUACAUCCUAAUCCGCCCGAAGAAGGGAAAAAGUGUUGAGGAACGCCUGGAUGCCCUACUUGGUGAAAAGGUUUUUGACCCACUGCGGAAAGAAUAUCCAGAAUUUUCACAGAAGAUCGUCGGGGUUGAAGGUGAUACUGCUAAGAACGGAUUCGGACUUUCGUCAAAAGACUAUUUACGCCUUACUGACGAAGUUUCGGUGAUCUUUCACUUAGCUGCUUCUGUGCGUUUCACUGAGAAGCUCGAGUCGGCUGUUCUAACUAACGUGAACAGCGUGAAAUACGCCAUAGACCUUGCAAGGGCGUGCAAGAAUUUCAAGGCUGGAAUCUACGUGUCUACUGCGUUCAGCCAUUGCGUCCGGAAGUCUAUUAAUGAAGAACUGUAUCCUCCACCCAUGAGCUACCAAGAGGUCAACACGUUUGUUGAAAUGUCUAGAAGAAUGAAAUGGUCGGAGGAUGUGAUGGAAUCAGUCACUAAAACAAUAAUCGGAGAAUGGCCGAACACGUAUAGCUUUACCAAAGCGAUUGCCGAGGGUGUCGUUGCCGAGUUUGCCAAGGACUUACCGUUUGCAAUAUUCAGGCCCUCAAUCGUGACAAACUCCUUCAAAAGCCCCGCUCCAGGAUGGGUUUCUGGCACAAUGGGUCUCGCAGGCUUGGUGUAUGCCUAUGGCCUAGGCCUUGUUCACGUCGCGCUGCAAGACAUAAAUAAAAAAGCUGAUCUUGUCCCGGUGGAUUACGUUUGUAACGCACUAAUUUCUUCAGCUUGGAACACAGCAAUUAUUGAAAAAGGAAGCUCCGAUGACGUUCUAGUUUACAAUUACGUUUCUGGAAACGAAAAUCCUAUCACUUGGAACAAAUUCAAUGUUGUAUGCGCUCCUUACCGAAAGGUUUAUCCGUCAGAACAGGCUGUCUAUCAUUCUUUUUUGUUGACUACGAAGUCGAAAUUUCUAUUCGUCAUACUUGAUUUUCUAUUGCAUUUGCUCCCGGCAAUAAUGAUUGAUCUCAUGGCGAAAUUGGUGGGUAAACAGCCAAAAAUGUACCAGCUUAUGAGUAAGAUUCGUAAAGCGUGGUUCGCAUUGAUGUAUUUCGCCACACAAGAGUGGUGUUUCGGCAACCAGAAAAUUCAGCAGCUUUGGAGUCAGCUUGGGCCUGAAGAUAAGAAAAUAUUCCCCUUUAGUAUGCGAACCCUCGAUUGGAAUGAAUAUCUUCGGAACAUGUGUAAAGGUGUUCGUCAGUUCAUCGCAGGCGAAUCUGAUGACAACUUGGAAAGGGCAAAACGGCGAUACUAUUGUCUUUACUUCAUCCAUGUGGCAGUCUGUCUGAUACUUGGCGUCUUGAUUCUAUGGGUUAUCUGGAGAUCCUUUGGUGGAAUCGCGGUGACCCUUGCAACACCGAGUAUUCUUUCUGAACUGCUUUGAGCGGUUUUUACGUAGCCGCAGGUACAACCUGCCGCAAAUUGUCAACGUUAUCGUCGAUUUACGAUGGUGGUGACGUGAUUCCAAAAUUAUAUAUUUUUAAUCAAAAUAAGUCCGUUGAUAUUUUUUCGGAGUUGAAGUUAUUCAUGGGCAUUUAUUUUUAACGAUAUCGUGUCAAUCCUCGACACCCUUUCCCCCUAAAUACUAUAUAAAUGGAUUGAAUUAUCAUAUAUUGCAAUAUUUGACAUAUCUAAAAGGUUUUAAGUAUCGUUUGGUAUUUCAUUUGAAGUCGUUCUUAUAUUUUUUUUCCCCGCCU